AUGGCCUCCAACACCUCUCCAGAUAUCCAUCAUGCCUCUGCAGUAGAUAAGGACGAUUUGAAGAUCCCGCUGAUCGACUUCAGUCCCUUCUUCACAGGGACCCCAUCUGACAAACAUGCAGUCGCUCUCUCCAUUACUGAUGCUUUCAAAACAUCUGGCUUCGUCUACCUCAAGGCACAUGGCAUUCCCCCAUCCGUGGUGACCGAGGUAUUUGCGUCAUCGGCCCGUUUCUUCGCCCGUCCCCAGAGCGAGAAGGACUCUUUAGGCUGGACGACCCCACAGUCGAACCGUGGUUACGUCGCCAUCGGACGGGAGAAGUUAAUGACCGUCGAGGAAACAGAUGGAGUCGAUACUCUACGUGCAUCCGCACCAGACAUCAAGGAAACUAUGGAGCUUGGUCGCGAGGGCAUCGAGGGUCUACCCAAUCGCUGGCCCGAUCAUCUCGAUGACGAAGGAAAGAAUUUCAAAGAAACCAUGCAGUCGUUCUUUGAGAUGGGAAAGACCCUACAUAAGCAUAUCAUGCAGGCCAUUGCAUUGGGAAUGAAUUUGCCGGAGCACUUCUUCGACGACUCUGUCAAUGCCGGUGAUAAUAAUCUCCGUCUGCUUCACUAUCCUCCCGUCAGCAAAGAGGUCUUCAAACAUAACCCUAACCAAGUCCGUGCGGGCGAGCACAGCGAUUAUGGUUCCAUCACCCUGCUUUUCCAGGAUAAGCACGGUGGCCUGCAAGUGCGCAGUCCCAAGGGAACGUUUGUGGAUGCGACCCCCAUCGCUGAUACCAUUGUUGUUAAUGCUGGGGAUCUGCUGGCUCGGUGGUCCAAUGAUACCAUCAAGAGUACCCGUCAUCGGGUAAUUCAGCCGCCCGCGCCCGAGGGCUCUGAGAACGAUGAUUCGGAUUAUCCUGCUCGGUACAGCAUAGCGUAUUUCUGCCAGCCCAACAGCGACAAACUUAUCGAGGCACUGCCGGGAACCUACGGCAAGGAAAUCCAAGUGGACAAGAAAUACUCGGCCAUUACUUCAGGCGAUUAUCUGGUCCAGCGACUGACAGCGACUUACUGA